AUGGCCUUCAGUGUGGAUUCCAACGUAAUGUCAAGAAGCCGAAGUCCUCACAAGUUGGACCAGUGGAAGUUUUCAUUUUGCCUUUAUCUGUUUACCUACGGAGCCCGGUUCCUGAAGAAGACUCCCUGGUUGUGGAAUACAAGACACUGCUGGUACAACUACCCCUAUCAGCCGCUCACAGCUGAGUUUCACUACUACUACAUCCUGCAGCUGUCCUUCUACUGGUCUUUGGCGAUUUCCCAGUUCACUGAUAUCAAACGAAAGGACUUUGGCAUUAUAUUCCUGCACCAUAUUGUAGCUGUUUUUUUGAUCAGCCUUUCCUAUGUCAACAAUAUGAUUCGCAUAGGGUCCCUGAUCCUUUCUCUUCAUGAAUCAGCUGAUGCUUUACUGGAGGCUUCCAAAGUGGCAAAUUACGCCAAGUUGCAGAAAAUAUGUGACUUCAUGUUUCUUAUUUUUGCCAUAGUUUUCACCACGACACGGCUUGUGAUCUUUCCUCUCUGGUUGUUAAAUUCCACACUGUUUGAAAGUUGGGAGAUCGUUGGACCUUUCCCUUCCUGGUGGGUUUUUAACCUUCUGCUGUUCUUCGUUCAGGGGAUGAACUGCUUCUGGUCCUACUUGAUCAUAAAAAUAGCUUGCAAAGCUAUCUCAAAAGGAAAGGCUGGGAAGUGGAACCCUUUACAUGUGUCCAGGGAUGACCGCAGUGACAUUGAGUCUAGCUCAGAGGAGGAGGAGGAGGAACCUUCAGGAAAGAGCUCCCACACUUCAACAGCCACCAAUGGCACCAGCGGAACCAACGGGUACCUCCUGAGCGGCCCCUGUGCCCUGGAUGACUAACUCCUGGACGGCGGGCGAGCCCGGAACAAAGUGGACUGUUUGUUCCCUGGAGUCUUGAAUAAGUUGUGAACACAGUUCCUUUCAUCCUAUCUCAGCACCAGAAAUAAAAUUUAGGAUCAUCAAA